CCUAACGUAAACCUAUAUUUUGCCAUGUCGACACCAUGACAUCUCGCCGGAUCAGCGACGAUGAAAUAGCUAGAAGACAAUCCAGAUUUGAAACAUUGCGGACAGAGUAUCAGAUAUGUAAAAGGAAGCUUGAUAGUAAGUGUGAGGCACUUCUUAUCCUCAGUAAGGAACUUGCACAAUGUGUCAGCGAAAGAGACCAGUUCAAGUUGAUGGCAGAGCAACUUCAAGAGCGCUAUCAGGCUCUCAAAAAACAGAUGCUUGGAAAAAUGCCAACAGCUGAUCCCAAUGACAACAACAGAUACCCCCAUGUCAAACAUCAGGACCUUGGAUUUGUGUUGAUAGAGACCCGAGAACAGAACAAGUCACUCCAAUUUGAGGUGGAGGACCUCCGACAGAAACUACAUGAUGCACAGGGUGACAUAAAACUACUUAGAGAACAGAUCGCUCGUCAUCGUGUGGGGACAACAGAUGAAGGAAUGAACACUCGUCACUUCCCAGCUCAUGAAAGGGAAAAUCUGGUCCAGCAGCUGGAGGCAUCCAGGGAUGAGUACACACAGCUGGAGCGUGACCUUCAACAAGUUAUAGAUGAGAAGGAAGAGUUGGUCACUGAAAGGGACGUCUACAAAACCAAAUAUGAACGCCUUAACACAGAGCUCAAUUAUAUCCUGAAGGGUGAUGAAAAACGCGUAGUUGACUUAGAUGCUCUCAUCAUGGAAAACAGAUAUCUUCAAGAUCGUCUUAAACAAAUGGAGGAGGAAAAGUCCAUGGCCAUGGCAACAGUAUCAAAAUACAAGAGUUUACUAGAGAGAAAGAAAGCAAGGACAGGCAUGAUGAAGCUGAGCCAAAGCCGUGGAGGUGGAUUGGUCAUAUCGCAAAAACAAGUGAGCCAGGUGCUGGGAGACAAUAUGGGUGUACCCCCCACAGCCCAGGCUAUGGCAGACCUACAAGCACUGGCUGGAGCCUUGCUGGACACUGUCAAUGAUAAAAAUAUGGCUCUUUCCCACCAACGCAAGACCAACAAAAUUUUGGGCAACAGAGUGUCAGAAUUAGAGAAGAAAAUAAAAACGCUUGAAGUGGCAGGAUUAUGGAAUGUUCCAGCUAACAUGCCAAGUCUGGAGCGUCUCAAAGCUGAAUGUGAGGAAGUGAAGACCUUAGUACCACAGUGCAGUGAGGAAACCCCUGAUGGUGACAUCGAACUUGAUUUAGAGAUGACAAAACAGGAACUUGCAAACCAACAGAAAGCCAGUAAACAGGAGCUGGCUGAUCUAGAGGCAGAAUUCUGUACUCCCACAAGUAGUAGUGAUGUCAGUCCCACACACAGUGCCAGUGACAACCCUACUCUUGAGGAGAACAAUGCUAUGAGCUACCUAAAUACACUGGACAUGUCACCAUCCCACAAAGCAGGUGUGUCAAACAACUCCCCUAGGACUGUACACCGUGCAGAGAUCCAGGACCAUCAGCCAGCAUCUGACUCUCAUAGGGUAUCCAUGUCCAAUGCUGACUAUGCAUAUGCCAUGGAAGACCUUGACCUCCUGCCAAUCAAGGAGGAACUGGUCAAAUGUGUUCGUGAGGAUGAUAAUAUUCAACCUGUGAAGGACACAUGUGAUGUUGAGGUCUAUAGUGAAGAUAUAGAAGAUGAAGAAGACAGCUCUACUUUACCUGAUAAAAGAAGUCUCCCUGUAGAAGUAGAUGAAGAAACUGCAAAACAUUUGAGCUCACUGAUGGAAAACAUGACAUCGAAAAUGGUGGAAAGUUCAAAACUUGCUAAAUGUCAAGACCAAGACAAGUCUGAGGCUGGUGCUGGUGAUUCCGAGACAGGAACCAAUUGCAAUUUGAGUGACAGUCCAUCAUCCACACCUGGUUGUGAUGAGCCUCUGCUUGGGGAUAGUGAACAGAUGAUGCAGGACAAUCCUGUUGAUAUAGAGGUGUGAGUGGCCUGGAGUGGUCAGUCCAUCCUAUUAAUAUAGAGAUGUGAGUGGACAUGAGUGGUUAGUCCAUCCUAUUAAUAUUGAGAUGUUAGUGGACAUGAGUGGUCAGUCCAUCCUAUUAAUAUAGAGAUGUUAGUGGACAUGA